AUGGGUAAUGGUUCUAUUACUAUUGUUGCUGUUUAUGUUGAUGAUAUUCUUGUUAUUGGCAACAAUAUUGAUGAGAUUACAUCUUUGAAAGCCUUUCUAGAUGCUCAAUUUCGGAUCAAAGAUUUGGGAACAAUCAAUUUUUUUCUCGGCCUAGAGUUUACACGAAAUACAACUAGUAUGAUUGUUCAUCAGAGUAAAUUCAUACGUGAAUUACUCUCUCAUUAUUCUAUUGAUGAUGACAAUAUACCUGUUUCUACACCAUUGUCAAACAAGAACAAAUUACAACCCAAUGUUGGAGUUUCCCUUAAUGAUCCUACAACUUAUAGACAACUGAUUGGAAAGUUGAACUUUUUAGUUCAUACACGACCAGAUCUUGCUUAUUCCAUUCAAUACUUGAGUCAAUUCAAUCAACAUCCUACUCAAGAUCAUCAUGAAGUUGCUAUUCAUGUACUGAAAUACUUAAAGUCUUCCAAAGUCCAAGGCUUAUUUUUCAACAAAGAUUCCACUUUUACCCUUGAUGCUUACUAUGAUUCUAAUUGGGCUUCAUGUCCAAUCACCAGGAGGUCUGUAAGUGGUUUCUUUAUUCUAUUUGGAGGAUCACCCAUUUCAUGGAAGUCUAAGAAGCAAGCUACCGUUUCUUUAUCAUCUGCAGAAGCUGAACAUCGGUCUAUGCAAUUGUAA